AUGCUGUUACAGCCUACUCCGAUUGGAAGCAGUGAUAGUGCAUAUGGUCCAGAAUCUACAUCAGACUUGAUAUUCAUUGAAAAUGAAUCCAGGUCAUUUAAUCGCUUAUCCAGCCCGAGAAUUGGAGAAAGCCAGGAGUAUUAUGGUGAAGAUUAUUUAGACGCCGAUGACGAGUGGAUCUUCAGUUCGCUUUACUUAUACAACACUUUUUGGAUAAAAUAUGCAGAGAUUAAAAACAGCUACACUUACGGAAAGAGUUCUGGGGAAUCUAGUUUAAUAAGUAUCGACAGACUACACGAUGCAACAGGUCAUGAUGAUCUUCUGAAAGAGAUAAGAGUACGAAUUUGUUCGAAACAAAUCCUUCAGUUCAUGUUAGAACUAAAUAAAAAUUAUGAGGCAGAAAUAUUUUUGGAGCAUUCCAACACAUAUGCAAACACAAACAGUGCUUGGAUCAUGUGUAAGAAGCUAUGUGUCGAUGAAUGGAUGAUUAGUUUUGCCCCAAUCAAGAACAAAAAUAUGAGGCACAUAAUCUCCACCUUGGCUCGAUUGCAUUUUGAAUCAGCACAGUGCAUAGACCUUUUCGUCACCAAAACUAAAGUACCACAAAUAGAAACAUACAUCUGCAAAAUAUCUCCAAACCUAUCAUGCUUGGAUCAAUUUACUUUCAGUGGUGAUGUGAUUCGCAUCCGUCCCAUCUAUCCCCCUAACCCCAACCACCCCACUGAAAGCGACAUCACUGAGUCUGUUCGUCAACUCUUAGACGUCAUGGAUUCACACUAUAGUGACAUUACCAUACAUGGUCCCCUCUAUGACUAUCCCCUGUGUCCUAGAUCCAUUGCCAACAUUACUACCACUCUCCGCAAAAAAAUCAAGGUAAGCGAAAUACCCCAACCUACAGAUAUCAUUCGCAAGGUCCUUCUGCUAAAAAAGCACGAAGUAAGCUUUCUAAUGGGUUUUCAGGGCACUAGAAUCAAUAGUAUUAGAAGAUCUUCUUCAUGUGUCAUUAAAGUUUUACCAUUUUCAACUACAAUGGAUGCAACAUUUAUUCCUAUAAAGAAUUCGCCCCAAGACCUAAUGAUUUGCGGCACACCUGCAAACGUACAAUAUAGUAUAAACCUCAUCCAAAAUUAUCUCAUAGACUACAGAAAUAAUAAUUCCUAG